UGCAAGGUAUUGUGGCAGUAGCAAUUGACCGACACGUGUGACCCAGUUUUUCACACGCGUACCAUCUUAGAAAAAAAUAGUUCAUCGAUUUGUUCCGUCCAUAUAUCUUUUUUUUUAAACUAAAUUCAAGUGAUUUGUGCCUUAAAGUAAGACUGAAAAUUUUUAGUGAUAACAUUUGUGAUAUUAGUUGUAUAAGUUUCGUCAAAAUGCCCGCUCCAGUGCAAGACACCAUCAACGAAGCCGACAUCGAAACGAAAGACAUGACGCCGGAACUCAGCGCCAAAAUGUUGGAGACGAGGGACAGCAUCUCGUCCAUCGACAGCGACGUGUCUCUGUCGUUCGACACCCCGAAGACGGAGACGCCGCAGGAGAACGAGGACGAGGGCGCCCACAUGGCCGAUCUGUCCGACAGCUCCUCCGACACCGGCUCCCAGGGUGGCGGCAAGGAUUCAGGCUGCGAGGUGACCCCCGAAGUUACCGAGCCCCCGUUCACGCCACCGUCCGAAGAGCUGGCCGACAAAAUAGUGCAACAAGUCGAAUUCUACUUCUCCGACGCCAACAUCACCAAGGACGCCUUCCUCCUAAAACACGUCAAGCGAAACAAGGAGGGCUACGUGUCCCUCAAGCUGAUCUCCAGCUUCAAGAGAGUCAAGCACUUGACCAAGGACUGGAGAGUGGUGGCCCACGCCCUGCAAAGGUCCACCAAAUUGGAGAUCAACGAAGCCGGCACGAAGCUGCGUAGGCUCGAUCCCCUGCCACAGUACGACGAAACCACCCCGUCGAGGACCGUGGUGGCCGUGCACAUGCCCAUCGAAAAGCCGACCAUAGAGAACGUGGCCGAGUUGUUCAGGUCUUGCGGCGAGAUCGCCCUCAUCCGCAUCCUGAGACCCGGCAACCCCGUACCGGCCGACGUCAGACAGUUCAUCAACAAGAACCCUUCUUUGGCCGGUAUGGUGUGCGCCUUGGUCGAAUUCGUCAACUCCGAAUCGGCGAGGAACGCCAUGCAGAUGCAGACUACCGUGGAAGGUAUGAAAGUGCACGAACUCAACAACGUCCCGCAUCCAGAGAGGAAGAAGAAGGCUAACAACAAGAAGGCCAACAACAACAACAACAACAAUAACAACAACAACAACAACAACAGCCAGCACAAGAACCUGAACGAGUCCUCCGAGUACAUCACGUCCUGUCAGAGCAGCUCAGAAGCUGAGGACAUGAAAAAGUUCGAUCCCAGGAACAAAAUGCGCCGUGGCUCUUCGGCCCAUUUCCCAUCCAGAUACAUCGAGCCGGCCGCAUGGCUGCAGAGAAGAUUGUCAGCCUCCAGCACCGAGGCCAAUUUCAUCUACAUGCCGAGACGUCUGUCUUACGGCAGCAGAGACUCCAGCGACUCGAGCCUGUUUUUGCCCAGGAGGAUGAGCGCGUGCAGCAUGUCCAGCACCGACAGCUUCAGCAGGAGGUUCUCGUCGGGCAGCCAGUCGUCCGAGUACAGCAACCCCAGGAGCAGGAGCAACAGCGCCGCCUUUCAAACCGGCGAGAACGUGCUGAGGAUGCCCAAAGGGCCGGACGGCAGCAAGGGAUUCAGACAGAGAAGCAGUCUGGCAGGUAUUGCUCAGUAGAUUUAUGCACACGAUCACAGUUACAUCAUCGAAUAAGUGUAAUUCAUGCUCAUUAUUAUGUAUUAUUGAAAUAGUUCUUUUUAUUACCAUAACAAGUUCGCAAUAAGCCUGACGUAAAAAAAUGUUGGGUUUCAUACUUUUUUUGUACUUAUGUUUUGUCGUGAACAAGAAAAGUAGUCCUUAAAAUAAAACAUGACCGUUUAAACCUUGAUGCAAUACUUUUACCUAUCGAUCGUAAAAGUGCUAAAAAAUCAAUACAAGUACGUUAUGACUCAUUUAUUGCUAAUUUAUUUAAUAUGCCAUUCAAAAUGUAAACACAAUGAAACAAAUCAUAAACAAACACGAUCAAUAACUUAAUCCACGGUUCGAGUCGUGCCUGAAAACACCCAGUAUAUCGGCCUGUUACGAAUUAGGAAGUACGAGGAAAAAAGUCAAUGUCAUUUUCAUUAUGUAAGGUUAUUUGUAUUGAUGUACCAUUGUGCCAAUCAAGGUUCAACAAUUUUUAAUGAUUGCCAUUAACUGAAUGCAGAAAGAUCGUCGAGAUAUUGUUAAUAACUUUCCUCUAACGGUUAUCCUUGCAGUAAAUUAAUUCGAAAUUUGGAUGCUCCCAAAUCUCCGUUGCGAGGGUUUAUUAAACUCGACUUUAUAAAUUAUUAAUUAGCCUUAAUUAAGAUGUAAAUUACAGAUAAGUGUUCCAUUUUCCACCUGGGGAGCUUCUAAAUUUUAAUUAAGAACACACACACACACGAUUUAUGUGCCCCAAAAUCUAAUUAGCCACGAUCUAACGAUCUACCAACAAGCAAAAAAAAAACCGACGAAUUCGCAAGGAAAUCACCGGGUGAUUCACGACGUUAAAUUAAUAUAACUGGAUACCCGUGAAACCUUGAAGAGUUUGGUUCAAUGAUUUUCGUAGUGAGAGAACCACACACACACAUACAAUAACAGGACCUGAAGACUGCUGAACUUGCCUCGGGCCGAACAGAUUGAGCUCAUGCCCCAGAUUUCCUAUCGCGACUUUCACCGAAUUUAUUUUGUGCCGCUCCGCAAUUAAUAAUUUAUAAUGAUGCAGACGAAUUUUAGAAACCUCCUUUUUUUUCUUUAUUCUUUUACGUACGUACACAAAGAAAUCCCGCAUCGGAGGCGUUUGAUACGCUUUUUGCCGCCGCUAAUGCGUCCCAAACGCCACGUGAAAUUGGAAAUUUCACCGCGUUCCAUUGGAUAAACGACGAAACGCACAUUUUAGCACUUUUGUUUCGUGCGACGGCGACAUUUAUUGGAUUAUGUUGAUUUAAUUAUCGAGAAGGUUUUAUGGAGUGCGGCUCCGGUCGUCGUUUUAUCUAACUGCAUUGGAAAAUGCCGCAAUUUUAAUUAUUGCAUUAUUGGGUUUAUAUGGUGUAGAAUGUUUUACGGACUUCUUUUAUUGUAUAUUCAACCGCUUUCCUUUUACUUCUUCAAUAAUGUAUCUUUUAACUUUCUAUAGUUAAUAAUUUUAAUUAUUAGUAAUCACCUACUUUUUCCACUACUCUAAUUUAUGUUCUUUUUUUUUAAGUUGUUUUGUUUUAGAAACAGCUUCUGUUUUAUUUUUUGCUAUGUAGGUAUGUUUAAGUAAUUAGGAAUAAUUAAUUUGUAAUUAACUGUUUAAAAUGCAUUAUUUAUUGUAUUUGAUGUUUUAUAUUAAUUUUAAAUGUGUUUACAUAGUUUUACAUUACCUUGGAGUAUGUACAGUCUUGGUACUUCCAAUUUAUCAGCUGCACUUCAUCUUAUCUAUAGUUUUCUGAAUGGAAUUAUACCAAGAUUGUUCAUUUUACUGUUAGCAAACUAAAAUCCAUGUUCUUCCAGUUUAAACUUUAGAAAUUUUUACUUGUGUAACGUUCGAAAAAUUGUUCUUGUAUAUAGUUAUGUAUUUAUUGUCUCUUAUUUAUUUCGUGUUGAGAAAGACUUGUGUGUGAAUGAAUGUCUGUUUAUUUAUUUGCUUUGUUAUUUUUACAAUAAAUUCUGGGGAAUAUAUAA